AACACAAAAAAACAUGUUAAUAAAAAACAAAUCAUUGUUAAAAAUUAUUUAUUAUGUAAACUACUCUCUUUGUAAAUAUUAAAUAAUACUAAAGAUUAUAAUAAUAAUAAACUUAAUCUGUUGUUUCUUUGUUUUACAGAGAAACCAGUGGUUAUUAUUAUUAUUAGAUAAUAUUAUUGUUAAAGAUAAUAACCCCAUUAUAAAACAACAGAAUUUGUUUAUAAUGUCCAAAUUUCAAUUUGAAUUUAUGGUGGUUACUUCACCUAAAGAUCCUAAAACAAAUGUAAUAGCCUUAACCUCGAUUUGUACAGAGGAUGGUAAAAAAUAUAUAUUGCCAGAUGAAUUUAGAUACAUGGGAGAUCAUGUAGAAUUGAGAAAAACAAACAACUAUACAAAAUUAGUCAAUUCUUUAAAGAAAAGAAACCAAAUAAGAAAAGUGUGGAUUACGAUGACAAAGGAAUUAAAGGAGACAUACAUUGACGAAGAUGGAAAUUUACAGUUUAAAGACCAAUAUUUAGAAGAAAUAGAUGAAGAGAACACAAACUUAACACAAGAUCAUAAUCUAAAAGAAAUAUUAGAAAAACUCAUAGAAACGACAAAAUAUAAAGAUAAAGAAAAAAAUUUAAAACAAAUAUCAGAAAAACUUUUAAUAGAAAAAUUUUCAAGCAAAACUUCUAAUUCUACACAAUGGAUGGAAAGCUUUGAAAAAGAGUGCUCUAGAUUUGAAAUUGACAAAAAUGAAGAUAAAAUUGAAUUAUUAAAAUUAUUUUUGGAUAAACCAAGUUUAAAUUGGUACUCUUCUACACUCAUAAGACUAACAGUAAAUGCAGGUUGGUCAGAAUGGAAAAAUAGAUUUUUAGCAUGCUUCACAGAUAACGGAUGGAAUAAUGUUGUUUAUGCACUAUCAUUUAAAUAUCGAGAAGGUUCGUUAACUGAUUAUGCUAUGAAAAAAGAGAAACUUUUAAUAGACUUUAAUAAAAAUAUGGAUAUUAAAUCACUUAUAGCAUUGAUUGCAGUAGGACUACCAGAAUUUAUUCUGAACAAAAUUGAUAAGUCUGAAUUAAAAGAAACAACAGACUUAUUUAAUGAAUUGAGACAGCUCGAAUGUCUAGAGAAAAAAAUUUUUAAAAAAAAAUUUACAUUAGACUCUCAAGAAAAAAAGUAUGAAGAAAAGAAACCUUGUAAGAUAUGUGAAGACUUAGGUAAAGGUGUUAGAUACCACCCUAAUGAAAAAUGUUGGUUUAAAAAAAAUGAAGAAAGUAGAGAAAAAAACACUACAAUAAAAAAGGUAAAUAACAAUUCUAUACUAGAUGUAAAAAUCCAUGAUGAAACAAAAAACGAAUAA